AAUGAGGCCUCACUCGCCCGGCGCGGGUCACUGGCGCCCCGCCCCCGAUGGCCCGAUCCGUCCACUAACCCGGAAGUCCGCGGGCACCGCCCUCACUCCCGGAAGCCCUCUCGGCUGCGCCCCCGCAUUUCGCGGGUUCGCGUCCCUAGGUUCCGGCGCAGGUGCGUGCUCGGCGGUCGUCCGGGUCCCAUCCCGCCGUGCUCCCUGCCUCCUGUGCCCGCCCUGGUGGUCAGCGCCUGCUUCCUUACCCGGACUGGUCUGGAUCCGGAACCACGGCGGGCUGAGGGCCGAGCAAACCGGGCAGUGGUCGAGUGGCCUGGUCUGCUGUGCGGUGGAGCCCACGUUCCAGGGAUGUACAUGCUGGUAGAGACACAUACCAGCUCCCACCUCCAUCUGAAGAGGGCUCCAGGCAUCCGGUCUUGGUCCCUUCUAGUCGGAAUCUUGUCCACUGGCCUAGCUGCUGCCUACUACAGUGGAGAUAGCCUGGGCUGGAAGCUCUUCUAUGUCACAGGCUGCCUGUUUGUGGCUGUGCAGAACUUGGAGGACUGGGAGGAAGCCAUCUUUAACAAGAGCACUGGGAAGGUCGUCUUGAAAACGUUCAGCCUCUACAAGAAGCUGCUAACCCUUCUCAGAGCAGGCCAUGACCAAGUGGUGGUCCUGCUGAAUGACAUCCGUGAUGUGAACGUGGAGGAGGAGAAGGUCCGCUACUUUGGGAAGGGCUACAUGGUGGUGCUCCGGUUUGCAACUGGCUUCUCCCACCCCCUUACCCAGAGCGCAGUCAUGGGGCGCCGCAGUGAUGUGGAAGCCAUUGCCAGGCUCAUCACUAGCUUCCUGGAGCUGCAUCACCUGGAGCGCCCCUCAGAACGGUCACAGAGCAGCGACAGUGAGGAUGAUGGACCUGGGAGCCAGAGCUGACAGCGUGAAAUGGCUGCUUACCAUCCACUUCUGAUGUCUCCAAAUGACCUGCCAGCCACAAGGGUUCAGAUCCUGGCUGCCUGUCUAUGGCUCCCUGGGCAGUCACAGACUGCCUGCUUUUUGCUUGUUUACGCUUCUACCCUUUGCAGAACCAUGGGCUGGACCUCCUCUACAACCCAGGAAGGCUACCUCUGUCAGGACACAGGAGGCAGGUGUCAGAACUCAGGAAGCAGGUGCUAUAUCCAGGGGAACAUGGGCUCAGAAAUGGCAUUAAUGCCUUCCCCAGAAUCAGACUACAGCCCUGGCUUGGGCAGUGUGGCCUGGUCUGGAUAAGCUCACCCCAGGGCAUGUGGGGCACAGGAUACCAGGCUUACUUCAGCAUGGGCUUAGGGUCUUGCCUUCCAGAGCCCUUGCUACCCCAACCACUGUAGUCAAGUCCACCUCACAGCUAGAAUGCAGUACCCACAUGCAUGUGGGGAGGGCUUAGUCCCUCUGUAGAUAUUGGUACCAGCAUGUUGCCAGAAACCCUGAUGUCUCCUCUCCCUAACCAUCACUCCCCUGAAUGGACAUCCUUUGUGGUGAGGGUUGGAUAUGGGGGUGUGCUUGGUUUCAACACACCCUCUCUCAAGAGGCUCCCUCUCUGUGAGGACCUCAGAGAAUCAGAAUGCCGACUGCCCUGCCUACACUGCUUGUCUGAGAUCCCAGCAGGUUGCAGCACAGUUGGUGGUGGUGGAAGGUUUUCCCAAGGCAGCCCAGGGAAGCUGCUAGUGAAGGAGUGGAUACCUCUAAUGGCAUCCUGCAGUUGGAACACCCCUGGAGCUUCUGUGUAGAAACCGAGCCCCAGCCUCCCCCCAAGCCCUGAGAAGACAGGCAUGUGGCACACCCCUAUAACCCAGCCUUCAGGAGGCAUGAACAGUGGGAGUUCAAGGCUAGCCUGGGCCACUUCUCACAAAAUACUGGUACCAGCUGCUGCUGCCCCUUGUCUGUCUUCUAGUCUCCUUCUGAAGGGACUCAGUCCCUCCAAGGUCCAUUGUACAGAAGUCUAUAGCCUCUAGGCCUGAGAGCUGUGGACCCCUGGUCCGUAUGCAGCCCCUUGAGGUUACGCACCUAAGCUCCGCUAAGUAGAACUAGGAAAACUGAAGUGUACCUGGACGAAGGGGUCUAGGCAGCCUUGUGGCCACUGCACCCGGAGCUGAGAGUAUGAUUCGGUUGGAACUUGGCUCAGAAGUGAUUGCCACUAGUACUGAGUUGGGGGACAAGGUCCCUUAAACAUGCCAAAGUUCAAAGUUUUUCUAAAUGGUCGAGUCAGACCAUUUUCUUUCCCAAAAAGAGAAGUGUGAAAUAGAGCUGUUGGCUUUCUGCUUAGUUUCCUGUGGGCUCUUGGAGUGCUUUAGACAAGGAAGAAGCCUGUCUCCAGGUGCUGUCAUGGUCCCUGCAUUGCCCUGUAUCGGAACUUGUUUCUGGGUGAAGAAUUGAAGCCCACUGAAAGCCUGAGUGGUGGUAAAAGGCUGAUUCAAGUUUCUGAGUCCUGCUGGCCUUUUUAUUUCAGAAUUAAAGCUCUACAUGCGGACUGCAAA